UCAACAUUUAGGCGCGGUUGGUAGUCCUUCUUUUCAUGAACGCUUUCCUUCAUCUUCUUAAAACCAUCGUAUUCUCCUUGAACAUAUUGAACUCUCGUUAAAGACAUUCAAUCAUGGGUAAAUCAUCGAACCCACCUAUCACCCCGACGCGCAUCCCGCGCCCUUCCACCCCGCCCGGCGGCACAUCGCCCACACGCUCGAACCCUCGUCGCGGCAUCGGUCUCUUGCAAGCAGCCGGUCGAGGUGAUAUCUUCCGCAGCGGAUCUCGCUCAUCAGUAAUCGGUCAAAUUGGUGUUUGGCCUCUCAGCAUAACCGUCAACGAAUCUCACGGUUACUCUGUCGGACCUAUGCGUCCCGCUGCCCACCAGUCUGGCAUCCCCCCUCCCGUUAACGUAGCUUAUCAACAGCAUACUUCCAGACCCGCAUCGUCGCGCGGUCCAUCGGCUAGCAACACGACUGGAAGCCCCGAGUCGCAGCUGAACUAUGGCUAUGCAUCGGCCACUACAUCGGUCAGCCCUGAAGGAGCCCCGGGAAUUCGCCAUGUACCUAUGACGGGCGAUACCACCACCGUCGUAUCGUCGGCCACGACCGCCGUCGAAACACAAGGUGGAGUUAACACGGGCGCACCUCCGGUCCACCCCCCUCGAGUUCCUGGCAGCAGUCUACCAGUACGCCUGCCACAGCUGCGACCUCCCCCCACGCCCGAGGACAUCGCGUACAUCCCCGCCGACGCAUGGACCAGCCACGAGCUCAAGCUUCCCAAGGUCGCUCCCGCGAACUCAGACGACAGUCUCGGCUCGAAGCAUCGCGACAGCCUGGCCUUAGCCAGUGUUCAGAGCAUCCCUCGACUGACUCCCCCGGGUGCCAAGAAAGGCAAGUUUAGUGACUUCUUUGCGAAGGAGAACCCGGACAGCCCGCAGUCGGACAGCCCUAAGGUCUCGGAGGGCCAGAAGGCGCGCACAGUCUCAACGGGAAACUCGCAAGUCACGCGUGACUCGAGUGUUUUUGAGGACUGGCCUGUUCCUGUGGAGGUACAGAAGGGCAGCCCUGAGCUGGAAUACGUUGAAGAUGUUGCCGAAGAGGAGUCACCUGGUGCAGCACAGAAUAAGGAUUCAGAGCAGAAGGAGGUUGUCGAGUCACAAGAUGACGUUAAACACCAGGAAAACCUCGCUGAACUUGAAGGUGAUGGCCCGCACCCUGGUACAAAGGUAGAGCUGGGACCAGAGAGUGACCGUGGAAAAGAGGUUGCGGAAACCGAUGAGUCUAGCAUGUUGACAACUCUAGGGAUGGACGCUCUGGUCGAUGACACCUUUAAAUUCGUCCUGGCUCAGGAUUCAGCAACACGCGAUGCCCGACGCACAGGCUGGGUGGGUUUACCUCCAGUCAGUGAUCCCAAGAAUCCCCAGUCAGGAGAAGGAAGUGGUAGUGUGACCAAGCCACUCGAUCUACGCUCACAGCUUCCUGUGCCGACGCAGAAAGCCAGCGGAGAGAAAGGAGGCGGAAUCCCCAAGUCUCGCACGCGCAACGCGCUGAACCAUAUAACCACGUCGCUUUCACGCGCAUCACUAUCGAGUUUCCGAAUCCAUUCUCGUCGACACACACCGUCUGCCAUGACAAGUCCCAACGAAGACGAGUCCCCAGCACGCACGAUGCACUCCAGCGGCGAAAACCUGAUCUCGGCCCAGCAGGCCACCACGGCGCACCACCUCGACAGUGUGCGCCUGAUCUACGACGCGCGAGACACCGAAUGGUGGGCUGGUCGCUUCCUCGCCCUCGAAGACCGCUUCCGCGAAGAGAACCUGCGGCCGGAGAACAUGGCCGCGAUCAUCGCAUCUUCGACCAAGAUCCCAGGCCCAGUCGGCCGAUCCCACAACCCAGCUGGCCUGCCCUCAUCCAGCACCAUGGCCUGUUUCCCGUCCUCAUCAACAGCGCCCACCGCGCAUGAUUCCGGAGCGCGAGAGCGCGCAGCCCUCCUCACGGACGAAGACACCCGCACCCGUCGCGUGUUCUCACACCUGAAAGCACUCUGCAUGACGGACGCCGCGCGCAAGAGCCUCUACGCUUUCCAGCAGCAGUAUGCGCGUAACCAGGGCAAGGAGUCCCUCCUCCCGCCCGGCGGCACCAUGGUCGAUGAGCCGCGCAGCAAGGGCUUGCGUUGGGUUGGUCGUAUCUUUAGUGGGAAGGAUAAAGAUAAGAAGUUUUAGGUACGGACGGGUGCUUGGGGUCUAUG